CAGCUCUCGCGGUCCGCCGGCUGCGGCAGGGAGCAGCUUCUGUUUGCGACGCGCGAGAGCGCUUGGAGCCACGUCUGAAUCACCCCGCGAGGAAGAUGGAAGCCACGCUGGGCUACUGGGACAUCCGGGGGUUGGCCCAUGCCAUCAGACUGCUCUUAGAGUAUACCAGGACCCCCUAUGAAGAGAAACGCUAUGUUGUUGGAAAAGAAGUGCCAUCAGGAAGCACUUCACCACCACUUGGAGUUCUUGGCAUUGUUCCAAAUUUUGAUGCAAGUGAAUGGACAAGUGUGAAGGAGAAGCUGGGCUUGGACUUCCCAAAUCUCCCAUAUCUUAUUGAUGGUGAGAGGAAGAUUACCCAGAGCAAUGCCAUCCUGCGAUACAUUGCACGCAAGCACAAGAUGUGUGGUGAGACUGAAGAAGAAAUGAACAGGUUAGACAUGCUGGAGAGCCAGUUCAUGGAUUUCCGAAUAGGCCUUGGAAAAUUGUGCUACAGUCCAGAUUUUGAGAAACUGAAGCCUGAGUAUUUGGAGUUACUACCUGGGAAGCUCAAGCAGUAUUCUCAAUUUCUGGGGGACAGGAAAUGGUUUGCAGGAAACAAGCUCAGCUACGUAGAUUUCAUUGCUUAUGAUACGUUGGAUAUACAUCAAAUGCUGGAGCCAAAGUGCUUGGAUCAGUUCCCAAAUCUGAAGGAGUUCCUUCGUCGCUUUGAGGCCUUGGAGAAGAUUGCUGCCUACAUGAAAUCAAGCCGCUGCAUAAAGACUCCUAUCUUUUCGAGUUGUGCCAUGUGGGGCAACAAAAAAGUCUAGAGGAGACCACAAGCCUCACAGGGAUAACAACUGUAGACACCGUGUGAAUGAGAGACCUUGAGCCAUUCAUAAUUCCUCCAUACUUUCAAACUUUAUUAUGAUUCUAAGACACAUGUUCACCUAAUAAAGAAUAUAAGGAACUGAAAAA